GUCGUACUAUGCACCGUGUGAUGCUGUAAACAAGAUUUUCACGGACAGAUCUGUGAAGAGAUCCACUGUUUUUGGUGUAGCUAAUGUUUACGAAAGCACAAAAUGCAAACGCUCCGGGAGGAACAGGGUCCCCCUCUUCCUCUGUCGUCUCUGCGUCUUUUUGUUCCGCCACUGCGGCUGGUGUGUGCAGCUCUGUGGCAGGUGAUCGAGCGGAGAGACAUCAUGGACUAUGGGCUGCUGGAGGAGUUUGCCACCACCGUGUUGGAAAUAGUCCCGGAGCUAAUGAGUUACAGAGAGAGGGUCCAGCUCCUCCUGGGACUAAGAGCACGGCUGGUCCUAGAGUUAUGUCGCUGUGAUGAUGAGUUGUGUCGCCCUGACACCGUUCAGCCACACCUGAACAGGAUGAGGAGCUGUGUCUCCAAUCAUAAGGGAGAGGUUUCAGAUCCAAAUGUGGAAGCAUCAGAGGCGAGCUUCAGGAAGUUGAUUGAAACCCUAAUGGAGGAGCCAAAGGAGAGGGAACUCUUCUUCCAGAAUGUUUUUCCAGAGGAGUUUGGCCCCAAGUAUGACUCAACACUGCAGAUGCUUGUGUGGGAGUUCCUGUCCAGACUGGACAAAGUGCUUCCUCCUCCAAACAUUAAACAGACUGCAUCGUGGCUCAACCUGGCCCCUGCUCUCUUAGAGGAGUGUGUGCAGUCGGUGGCUCACCCUGAGCCAUUACAGGCUCUCCUCCAUCACCAUAAAAAUGGAAAACAGUUAGACACCAAUGCUCUAAGGUCCACUGGUGGUGACUACAUCCUCUCUUCACUGUCUUCCCCUACCUCUGUGAAGGAAGAAAGUGCCUCUUACCAAGCUGGCCCAGAGAGACAGUCCUAUCCCACCAUGCAGGGAUAUCAAAGCCCUUUCCCAUGUGAUGAACCAGAGAUGAGCUGGGACUGCAGAAUGGCAGAUCGUAGGGUCUGGACUGUAAAGCCACCAGCUGGUUCUGCUUCUGUGGAGGUCGAGGUCGAGACUAGAGACGACGCCACUGAUAUAAUGGUUAAACGCAAGACAAUCUUCAAGGAGUCGAUCAAAGAGACUAGGAGAGAAGAAGCUGUUCUCUGCCCUCAGACACGCAGCGGGCUGAAAACCAGCCGCUUGGCAGCUGCCUGUCUGCGCCGUCAGCCUGUACUGCGUUUGAACAGGCUUGACAUGAACAAUAUGCCGUUCCCCAAGUCCUUGCUAACACUGAUUCUAAGGAGGGGGAGACUGCAGGCUGAGACGACGAGACGCCCAGGACCGAAAAGAAGAGGCAGGAAGAAAAAACGGAGACGAGGACGUGGUGUUGCAAACGAGCAGAUUGAAACAGACACACUGGACGUAAGCGACACGCCGCUACCCAAGUCAUCACUAACACUGACCCUAAAGAGAGGGAUAGUGCAGGCUGAGGCGACGAGUUCCCAGGUACCGAAAAAGAGAGGCAGAAAGAAAGGACAGAAAAUGGGACCUGGUAUCACAAGGUUAAAGAUCGAAAAGGUUGGAGUACAUACGCUUGACAUUAGCGAUAUGUCAUUGCCCAAGACCUCGCUAAAGCUGAUCAUAAGGAGAGGGAAGCUGCAGGCCGAGGCAACGGACAGAAAAGAUGGACAGAAAAGAAGAGGCAGAAAGAAAAAAUGGAGGAGAGGAAGUGGUGUCAGAAAUGAGAAGACUGGAGCAAAGGGUGUGAAAAGAGAGCGGUCACCUGAGACUGAGGAAGAUGCCGAACCAUCAGAUAAUGAACUUUGGACCACUGUCAAUAAAGGGGCCACUGUCGAUGAGUCUGGUGGAGUCCGUCCUUCUCCUCAUUGUCCAUCAUCUCAUAAGAGGGAGGAGGAAUUGCAACAGCCCAUACAGAACUUUCACUCAGAGGAGCACAGUGGUCAUAUGGCCAAAGGGCAGAACAGAGAGGAACGCUCAGAGAGUGUACCUCAGGACUCUCUAACUCCUGAGCCAUCCAACAGCUCUCACAAAAGAAGCUUUCGCUCAGAGGAGCACAGAGGACAUAUGGCAGAAGGGCAGAACAGAAAAGAACGCUCAGAGAGUGUACCUCAGGACUCUCUAACUCCUGAGCCAUCCAACAGCUCUCACAAAAGAAGCUUUCGCUCAGAGGAGCACAGAGGACAUAUGGCAGAAGGGCAGAACAGAAAAGAACGCUCAGAGAGUGAACCUCAGGACUCUCUAACUCCUGAGCCAUCCAACAGCUCUCACAAGAGAAGCCAACGCGUCAAAGCAUGCUCUUUCUGUGGCAAGACUUUCACUGACACACUGGGCUUGACAAGACACAUGCGAUCUCACAUUGAGCAGAUGCCACAUCAAUGCACCCAGUGUGGGAUAGAUUUUGAAUUCAGUGAGGACUUAGAGGAACACCAGAAGCAUGGCUGUGAGAUGAACAAAAAGGAUAAUAGUGAGGAAAAUGGUGAUGACUAUUGUGGGAGAACUGUACAGCAAAAACCUGAUCUGAAAAAAAAAACCUGAUCUAAAAAGAGG